UAGACGGGAGGUACUGUGGUGGUGAGACCGAGUGAGACAAUAAUUUAGCCCAGUAGUAGUUCAGAAUGAGUGACUGGAAGAGACGUACCGACACAUAUAGCCAGCGCAAAUUCGAUUAGAUACAUUUUCUCUGACCGGUCAUUGCGGUUUUGAAUAUCCCUCUUCAAUCAACUGCGAAGACUGGACCAGUUGACUUAUUUUUUUCUCCUCUGUAAACUAAGAUUGGGCAUGACCAUGGGGGCCAGGCUGUGGGUGUAGCCACUGAGACAGCUGGGGGAGAGCGAGAGAGGAGGAAAGGCAAGCCAGCACCAGCCAAGCACCCUGCACUCCUCCUGGGAAAGAUGGGGGAGACAGAGGAGGAGAAGGACCAGGCAGGGAAGCUGUUUGAGAACUUCAUCCAGGCUUCCACCUGUAAGGGCACCCUGCAGUCCUUCAACCUCCUGUGCAGGCUGCUGGAUCUAGACCCUCAGGACCAUGAGACGUUCUACUGUAGUCUGAAGACCAGGCUCACAUCCUGGAGGGCCAAAGCCCUCUGGACCAAGCUGGACAAGAGAACCUGCCACAAGGAGUACAAGAAGGGCCAAGCCUGUGUGGGAAUUAAGUGCCUUAUCAUCGGGGGAGGCCCAUGUGGCUUGCGGACGGCCAUCGAGCUGGCUCUGCUGGGGGCCAAGGUGGUGGUGAUUGAGAAGAGGGACACCUUCUCCAGGAACAACGUGCUGCACCUGUGGCCCUACACCAUCCACGACCUCAAGGGCCUCGGGGCUAAGAAGUUCUAUGGCAAAUUCUGUGCUGGAGCCAUAGAUCACAUCAGUAUUCGUCAGCUCCAGCUCAUGCUGCUGAAGAUCGCCCUGCUCGCAGCUGUGGAGUUCCACAUCAAUGUGGAGUUUGUCAAGCUGCUGGAACCUCCAGAGAACCAGGAGAAUGACGGGCCUGGCUGGAGAGCUGAGAUCAGGCCUGCCGAUCACCCUGUGGCUAAUAUUGACUUUGACGUGGUGGUGGGGGCUGAUGGGAGGAGAAAUACCCUGGAAGGGUUCAAGAGGAAGGAGUUCCGUGGUAAGCUGGCUAUCGCCAUCACGGCCAACUUUGUCAACGGGAACACCACGGCCGAGGCCAAGGUGGAGGAGAUCAGCGGUGUGGCCUUCAUCUUUAACCAGAAGUUCUUCCUGGACCUCAAAGAGGAGACAGGUAUUGACCUGGAGAACAUUGUGUACUACAAGGACAACACACACUACUUUGUCAUGACAGCAAAGAAGCAGAGCCUACUGGACAAGGGGGUCAUCAUUCAUGACUACAUAGACACAGAGAUGCUGCUGAGCAGUACGAAUGUGAACCAGGAAGCUCUGCUGGGUUACGCCCGCGAAGCUGCUGACUUUGGCACCAACUACCAGCUUCCCACGCUGGACUUUGCCAUAAAUGCCUGUGGCCAGCCGGACGUGGCCAUGUUUGACUUCACCAGCAUGUAUGCUUCAGAGAACGCAGCGCUAGUCAGAGAAUGCUUCGGACGCCAGCUACUGGUGGCACUGGUUGGGGACAGCUUGUUAGAGCCGUUCUGGCCCAUGGGUACAGGGUGUGCGAGAGGCUUCCUGGCUGCUUUUGACUCAGCCUGGAUGGUGAAAAGGUGGGCUGAGGGCAUGACCCCUCUGGAGGUGCUAGCUGAGAGGGAGAGUCUUUACAGAAUUCUGCCGCAGACAACCACUGAAAACAUUGCCAAAAACUUUGAGCAGUACACCAUUGACCCUGGGACUCGGUAUCCCAACCUCAUCUCCACCUGUGUCAGGCAAAACCAGGUGCGUCACCUGUACAUCAAUGGCGAGCUGCCAGUGAAGUCGUGCUCUCUGGAGCGUAAUGGUACAAUACGUCGCCCUGUGAACCUGGCCAGACGAGAGUCGGAGAUCAGGCCGGGCAGGCUGCUGACGUGGUGUCAGAAACAGACUGAGGGCUACAGGAACGUGAACGUGACAGACCUGACCACCUCGUGGCAGAGCGGCCUGGCUCUCUGUGCCCUCAUCCACCGGUUCAGAUCCCACCUCAUAGAGUUUGAUUCGCUGAAUGAGGAGGAUUCGGCUAACAACCUCCAGCUGGCAUGUGACCUGGCUGAGCGGGAGUUUGGCAUCCGGCCCUUCGCCACCGGAAAGGAGAUGGCUGCUGUUCAGGAACCAGACAAGACUGGAAUGGUCACCUACCUCUCCAAGUUCUACGAGCUGUUCCGCGGCACCCCCCUGCCCGUCUCAGAUUCUAGAGGGGCCGACGAAAACAGUGAAGACUAUCCUUCCAAGGCAGUCAGAAGUAAGAACAAAGUUCUGGUACCAAGAAAAAGGGUACCAAAGGAUGAGAAGAAGCUAGAAGAUACUGACCCAACGUACAAAAGGAGACGAAAAGUCUGCAGUUAUUUGGAAGAGGCAACCAACUUCUCCAGUCAGAGUGCGUCCUGUGUGGGUGAGGAGAGGGGGGUUAAGGAGAACAAGGUCCGCUCCAUGGCCAGCCAGCUCCUGUCCAAGUUUGAGGAGAGCAACCCCAGCUUCACCCUCCGGAGACAGAAGAAAGCUCAGACCCAGAAUGCUAGAGCGUUUCACAAUAAAAGUAUCAAGGAGAAAGCUGUCCACCUGAGAGUACUGUUCUCUGAGGAUGUGGCCUCUACGUCCCAGGGUUCCUUGCGGAGGGAGUUCCCCGGGUCUGGUGACAAGUGUCACUCCUGUCAGAAGCGCGUGUAUGUGGUGGAGAGGAUCAGUGCUGAGGGACUUUAUUUCCACAGGGAAUGCUUUCGCUGUGACACCUGUGGCGCCGCCCUACGCCAGGGAGGCCAUGCCUUCGACUCUGAGCAGGGCAAGUUGUACUGCAAGCUGCACUUCACACAACGUAAAAAUGGAAUGAACCAUCGGAGGACAUUCAAUUCACAUCUGGGUCAGAAUGGAGCCGGGGUUCAGGAGGGAUCAGAGAAACAGACUCCCAACGGUGACCCAACAGAAGGCCUGCAGGGCCAGUCACCAGGUACCUUCAGCUCCCGCCUGAGGAAGAGCCUGAGCUGGCCCCUGAGUGUGACCCGGGCUGUGUGUGACUCCCCCCGCCUCCUGUCUCGCUGGGUGCAUGGUACGGCCCAGGCUGUGGGCCUCCACUUUAGGGCCAAUGUGCAGGACUAUGUCUUCCUGUAUGAGCUGCUGAGCCUGGGAGUGCCCCUGCUGUUCAUGCUCCAGGAGGUGCUGCUGCAGAUGUACUCUGAAACCGGGCCUGUCUCCCAGUCCAUCCAGACCCUACUGCUGUGGCUGGAGGAACACCUGGGCCACAGGCUCAUGUAGAGGCCCACCAGGGAGGGAAUCCUAAUCCUAACCCUAUCCCUAACCCUCGUGCAAUAGGGUCUGAAGCUUGGCUGAACAUUAACUAGUGUAUCUUGCAUUUGUGCCAAGUCAUAUGACGGCAAGCUACCAUUUUACCAUGCACCUUGUUAAUAUUUUCUCACAGAAUAUGUAGCUGUCAGUGCAUUAGAUCUAGUCCUACACCAACCAAAGAACAAAUAACAUUUCCCACGCAGUAUCUUGGUUUGUGUGGUAGUUUUUCAUGAACAUUAUAUUUUUCUUUAUGAUGAGGGGUAAUGUGCUGUACAUGGUUUCAUGGUGGUCUAAAUCAUUUACGGUAUGUGGUUGAGUUUUUGCGCCGAAGAAGUAAUCUAAAUGAAAAGACUGACUUGAAGCACUUUAACUUGGGGAGCUGCCUUUACCUGUGGCUGAUGCCUGAUGAAUGGUGUGGGAGUUUAUGGCUGUCUAAUGGUUAUCCAGAGCUUGGAUAAUGACUAGUGCUGACGCUGCACGUUUACUAAACCCUGCUGAACUCACAGGUCGGGGUCGGGGGCCAACGUGGAUCUGUGCUUGACCAGAUUUUCUCGUCUUUUUUUCUUUUUCAAUAUUGUUUGACACAAGUUUACAUUUAAAAGUUAUUGUAAGAUCUCCUAUGACCGUAGUGUACUUUCGCUACACAUUAUGAUAACUUUUAUUGCUUUAUUUUAUGGCCCAGUAUUUUUGUGCAUUGUCGGUUGUACUUAAAAAGGGGAAGAGCUUUCAUGGCCAUGGGCUUUGGUUUACGACUCCAGUUCAUGGACUUCAUGGACUACUCAUUGCUGCCACCUGUUGGUGAAACAGAUACAAGGCCAAAAUGUAUGAUGAGGUGGAUUUUUUUUUUUAACCUUUAUUUAACCAGGCAAGUCAGUUAAGAACACAUUCUUAUUUUCAAUGACGGCCUGGGAACAGUGGGUUAACUGCCUGUUCAGGGGCAGAAUGACAGAUUUGUACCUUGUCAGCUCGGGGGUUUGAACUCGCAACCUUCCGGUUACUAGUCCAACACCACUAGGCUACGCUGCCGCCCCAUCAACUCUUCUAAAGAUGUUGUUUGUAAUAGAAGUUUUUCUUCAUUUUUGUUAUUUUGUACAAGUCUAUUUCACUUAAAUAUGUUUUUCAUAAUGUUACGAAUAUUGCUGAAAGGAAUUGUUCAGGCGGACAGAAUCUGGCAUGAUAACUCAGGCUAUGUUUGAAUGCUGUGGUGUGUAUGUGCUUUCCUGAACCAGAAGUUACAUAAUUCAUGCAGUACACUGUACAGUGCUACUGUGUGUUGUAGAGUAGCACAAUCUCAUGUUUUCUCAAUGCCUUUUCUUUGACUAUCUAACAAUUACAAAGUUUCAAUACAUUUUAACUGGAUUUGAUCCUUCCUCUGAUUUCUCUCUGUAUUCUAACCUAUAUUUCCUUCCUUUAAUUUCUUCUCAUGUUCGCUUGAAGUCUGUUUUCAACUUUCUGAUGAUGAGCCUCCUGAUUGGUUAGGAGACAUGCCAUUCUGAAGGUGAUCACCUACAUGGUCACACGGUUAUGUGAAUAAUGUUUAGGAGUGGAAUGUCUGGUCAGAUUAGUCCAAGUCAGCACUUCCACACACAAAUAAAAAAUGCUUCUAACCCCUGUGCUUGAGCUACAGACAGCAGUAUUUAAGCAUUGUAUUUUCCUGUUUCGUCUGCACCCAGCAAUACCAAACAUUUGCCGAUGUACUUAACGGAGGCUGAACUAGAGCAGUGUUUGUGAGACAAUGGCAGUUCCUAAAAACGGUUCUUCUCACAAAAAUGUCUAAUCUAAAAACUAUUAUGAUGCUACUAUCGAAAGGCUGAGCUUCACAAACACGCAAGUGUGCUCGCGUAGACGGCUUUCUGUCAUGUAGAGGCAUGCCACUCUUUCUCCCAUCUUUUGCCAUCUUUCUUUCUCUCUUCCAGAAGCUGUCACCCAGGAGAACUUUCUCUUGACCCACACAAACAAAGGGAAUUCAUAUCCCAACAGGUUCAUAACGCAUGUUGUCUUAAAUUAAUGCAUUGAAUAAUGAAUUAUGGGACUUCUAAUGCAGCCUGCUUUUCUCAUGGAGAUUCUGUGUUGCUUUAUGUAUGACCGAAAGCAACAAACGUAAAUAAAUUAACGGAGUUAUUUGUCAUCUUGA